GGGAGGGACGCUGGCAGGCUUCCCAGCCCCUGGAGAAUUUUCACUCUGAGCUCUCUGGCAUUCUCUCGUGGUCUUGUUCUACUGCUGGCAUCCCUGUGACGCUGCCCUUAAGAGCCCAGUCUCUCAGCUCAGGUGUAUUCACUUACGUAUGUCCACACCCCACUCCAGGUGCCCACCAUUAGGCAUGCAUUCAGGGCCCCAGGGAUCCAUCACCAAUCCUAAUGGCUGGAGAGCAGAACAGCCUGACAAUCAUUUACCCUACAGUGGGUAACCCACCACCUUUGAGAAGUUUUAUGGAACUGUGACUUGCAAGCAAGUCCUCCCACAUGUCAACCAGCUCCAUAGAAGCAACGAAGGCCUCACACUUCUUCUCCAUGCCUUCAUUUUCUGCUUUACCUAGUGCCCUUCUGUGAGGCAACCAUUCCAGAGCAGGCAGCUUCAUUGUUGAUUUGGGCAAAUGCAAAGAGAAUCUUGGUGCCCUCUAUAGAUGUGACAGGCCUUUAAUACUGAAGCAGUGGACCAGGUCCAGGCAGAGCUGCAAGUGGGGAGAAUGGCAUGAGGGAGGCAGGCGGUAGCCAAAAGCUUCUCAGCCCCUGGGAUCUCCUCACUCUGUCCAGUCUUGUAAUGGUCUUCACCAGGCAUCCGUACUUCCAGGGGCCCAGUGUGGGGAGAGAAAGGAAUAUUGAGGAUUUGACGUGGCUGCCUGAGGCCUAGACUCAUUCCAUCAGGUCAGAGCCACCCUGUGGGCCUUGAGAGACCCUUGGCAGCUGCUUGAGCACCGGCUGCUGUAGAGGCCCGGCCACGCCUCUGGAUACUGCGGGUUCAGAACAGAUUCCUGAGAACCGACCACACUUCCCAUCGCUGGGUUGAUUUCUAACCAUGCAGCGGAGAUCAAGAGGAAUCAAUACCGGGCUUAUUCUACUUCUUUCUCAAAUCUUCCAUGUUGGGAUCAGCAAUAUCCCACCUGUCACCUUGACAACUCUGGCUCUCAACAUCUUGUUCUUUUUGAAUCCUCUGAAGCCCCUGUUAAGUUCCUGCCUUAGCGUGGAGAAGUGCUACCAGCAAAAAGACUGGCAGCGUUUACUACUUUCCCCCCUUCACCAUGCGGACGACUGGCAUUUGUAUUUCAAUAUGGUGUCCAUGCUAUGGAAAGGCAUAAAGCUGGAAAGAAGACUAGGAAGUAGAAGGUUCGGCUGCAUCAUACCUGCCUUCUCUGUACUCACGGGGGUGGUAUACCUGCUCUUGGAAUUUGCUCUUGCAGAAUUUAUGAAUGAUCCUGACUUUAGAAGGAACUGUGCUGUAGGUUUCUCAGGAGUUUUGUUUGCUUUGAAAGUUCUCAACAACCAUUACUGCCCCGGAGGCUUUGUCAACGUUAUGGGCUUUCCUGUACCCAACAAAUUUGCUUGCUGGGCAGAACUUGUGGUGAUUCAUUUCAUCUCUCCAGGGGCUUCCUUUGCUGGACACCUGGCCGGAAUUCUCGUCGGGCUAAUGUACGUCCACGGGCCUCUGAAGAAAGUCAUGGAAACAUGCGCAGGCAUUUUCUCCAAUGUUGGUUACCCAGGACAGAACUACUACUUUAAUAGUUCAGGCUCUUCAGGAUAUCAGGGCUACUACCCCAACGGCUGGCGGGGUUACCCUGAGGAGGCACCCAGGAACUAUGAGGCCUACACUGCGGGGCUGAGCGAGGAGGAGCAGCUGGAGAGAGCACUCAGGGCCAGCCUCUGGGACCGAGGAAACACCAGGAGCAGCCCCCCGCCCUAUGGGUUCCGGCUCUCCCCGGAGGAAGAGAUGAGGAGACAGCGACUGCACAGAUUCGACAGCCAGUGAGGAGCCGGGGCCCUGGCGAGCAUGGCCUGGUGGUGAGGUGGCUGCCCAUGUGGUUGACCCCCAAAUUCCCAUUUCAUUGAAACAAAAGCAGGGCACCCCACCUGCCAGGCCUGUGCUCUGUGGCCCCGGGAAGCUGAAUACAUGGCAGCUUGUCUUGUUUGCAAAGCAGGCUGCCGACUGCGGGGCACAGCCUUCUGGCCUUGUUUGCUCCCACAGACAGAAACCAGAUCCCCCAGACAGGGACCAGCUCCCCCAAACAGGGACCAGCUCCCCCCCCCCCCUUUCUCUCCCUGCUGACCCAGUGGAGCCCCUGCUGGUUUUGGCUCUAAAAACUGUGACCUGCACCAGACUCCUGUCCACCCUCUGCCAGACCAGGCCCACACUUGCCUGCACCUCACCCUCUACUGGUAGGAAGUGAGGCCCAGGGCUGCAGUCUUGGCUUGAGGCCUCGGUGACACUCCAGGAGUGGCUGUGUCUGUCCUGGUCACCUUUGCCUGAGCCCUGCGCCCCAUGUCCAGGUGCUGUUGCCAGCACACUUGCUCAGUCCUUUGGUCGCUCUGCCAUUCUAGAAUGUUUGACCAGCAGAGCUUGAGUAACACCUCAGGUGGGAAGCCUCAGGCGGAAAGCCCCCGGCUCACUCCCAUCGGCCCAGCAGCCUGGCUACUCCGCCCCUCCAGUGAGGCGCCGCCCCAAGUCAUGGUUGUGUUUAAGCAGCACCAAAUGCCACGUGCAGAGCCGAGGGAGGGUGGUCCGUGGGCUGGUCACUGAGAAGUCCCUCGUGAGAGAGCAUCUUUUUCCCUAUAAAAGUGCCUUUUAAUCAGCCACUGUAACUGCCAUGCGUCCGCGAUGCUGCCCUGGCCCCCAGGGAAUCAGAACCCACACCGUGGGUCCAGAUCACAGAGGGGGUUUCCUGGUGCUCGGGUUCCACGAAGUCAAAUAUCACUGAUGUUUUACUGUCACUGAGAUAUUUAUUUUUUAAAGAGAGUUGGGCACAGAAAAGGCUCUUUCUAUUUUAUCUAGCAUUUAUGUCAUUUCUGUCUAUAAAAGUAAUAUAUAUGUGCCUUGUGUAUGCAUGAAGCGAACAUCGAGAAGGAAAUACAUCCACGUGUUAACAGGUUUCUUUGCGGGAUGAGUACAUGGGUUUUUAUAAUAAUUUUGCACUGUUGUAAAAAAGUAUGUGUAUGUAUUUUUUUGCAGUCAGCAAAAUGAACUAUAUAAGAAGAAAAAGUUAAGAAAUAAAUAAUUGGAAAUGUAAACCAGAAAACAGACUUAAUAAGAAAACUGUCUUGAGAAAGUUGACAAUAUAAGCAGAAACAUAAAUAAACACAUAUACAGCUUAA